ACGGAAAUGCAAAGUUUCUUAUUGCCCAUGGCGCUGAUUCAGUCACAAAAUACACCUGACGAACCCUUUCUUCCUAGUCUCGAUGAAACCGAAAAGAGCAGUAGGAAGAAGCUGGGCUGCUUCUUUGUGUCACUUUCCAAAUGGGUUCUAAAGGUUACCAUGUGGGCAGUUUUCAUAGCCUGGAUUGCUCUCUUCUUUCUUAUUCCCUCAGAUUAUGGAACCGACUUGUAUGAUGACCUGGUUACAGCAACCAGUGGAAAUCCUUUUGGAGAGACAGGAGUGGCAUUGCUGCUGUAUGGAGGUCCUCUUUUCAUCAUUGCAUUCCUAGCUGUCCCAUAUCUUAUCAUCUCUGAUGAAGAGCAAGUCCAUGAGCACAAGGCUCCAAGAUUUCGUUUGUGGACAUUUCCCGUUUUGGUGGACGGACCAUUUGGGGUUGUUUCUGCGGCAGAGUUGAUUGGAAUACUUUUAUUCGUUGUGUUUGUUCUCUGGGCUGUCUCUGCUUACACCGUUACUAACUUCGAAAUGUUACCGACCUAUGGUGACUUGACACUUAAUCAAAAAAGAGUUCAGAUGUUGCAAAUGUCAGCAUAUUGCUUUGGUUUGACAGCCCUGUCCUGCUUGGCUUUCCUGUUUCUUCCAAUCACAAGGGGCUCAAUUCUCCUACGCCUUGUCAAUAUACCUUUUGAGCAUGCCACUAAAUAUCAUAUAUGGUUGGGAAAUCUCACAAUGUUCCUGCUUACUCUUCAUGGACUUGGAUAUAUGACUGUGUGGAUAAUAAGAGGCAUCCUCCUAUCAUCGAUAGUAGAGUGGAAAAGUGACGGUGGGGCAAAUUUUGCUGGAGUUAUUUGCUAUGGAUUUGGUCUAGUCAUUUGGAUUUCAGCACUUGGUCCUGUGAGGAGGCGAUAUUUUGAAAUUUUCUACUACACCCAUCACCUAUACAUAUUCUUUGUGAUCUUCCUUGCAUUGCAUGUUGGUGAUACUUAUUUUAGCAAAGCUGCUGGAGGAAUAUUUCUCUUCUUGCUUGAUCGCUUCCUAAGACUUUGGCAAUCGCGGAGGACUGUCAAGAUCACUUCGGCUACAAGUUUCCCAUGUGGGUCUGUGAAGUUGGUGUUCUCAAAACCAAAAAACCUGCGAUACAAUGCCCUCAGCUUUAUCUUCCUUAAAGUUGGAGAAGUUUCUCGGUUGCAAUGGCAUCCUUUUAGUGUCUCAUCAAGCCCCCUGGAUGGAAAAUAUCAUAUUUCAAUCCUGCUUAAAUGUGUUGGCGACUGGACAUCAAAGCUGAGGGGAAAACUUUCAAAUUGUUCUGUCAACCAAUCUGAGUUAGAUUUACAUGCUAACCUUACAGCUUCCAUAGAGGGGCCUUACGGGCAUGAAUCACCAUACUACUUGAAGUAUUCAAAGCUUAUUUUGGUGGCAGGAGGCAGUGGGAUAUCACCAUUUCUAGCCAUCUUGAGUGAUAUUCUAAACAGAAUUAAGUAUGAAAAACCCUGCUUUACAAGAAAUGUUUUGCUUGUUUGGGCUGUGAGAAACUCAAGUGAAGUUUCUCUUCUAUCAACAGUAGAUAUGGAGUCAAUAUGUCCCUCCUAUUCCGAUAAACUGACUAUUGAAAUUGAAAUAUAUGCAACCCGAGAAUCAGAGCCUUUGUUGGAAGAGGGUAAAGCUGAGACAGGAGUAUUGAGGUGCAGCGGUAGUGUUGGGUGGAUCCAGGGAGGACAGGGUGGGGCAAUGUCAUUGUUGUGCGGAACAGGAAGUAAGGUGUGGUGUGGAGUUUAUGUAAUCAUAUCUAGCAUUGGGUUUGUGGUGAUUUGGGGUCUGUUGGAGAAGUAUUACAUGGAUCCUUUCGGUGUAAGUUAUUGGUGGUAUAGAGGAAUUUUGUUUUUGGGAAGUAUGGUUGCUGCAGUUGUGAUGGUAGGGGGUGGUGUGGUUGCCUUGUGGCAUAUUUGGGAAGGGAAGUUGGUGGAGGCCGCUGAGGAAGAUGGAGAAAGACUGGACAAUGAAACAGUAAUGGGAGGCAGCCAGGGGAGUGUUGGUGUUGGGAGUGGGAUUAAGAUUAGAUAUGGUAGGAGACCAGAUUUUGGAGAGAUAUUUGAGGGGAAUGGGAUAUCAGAUGGAAGUGAUAUUGGGGUGAUCGUAUGCGGUCCUUCCACUCUGCAGUCAAGUGUGGCUAGAGAGUGCAGAUCAAGGAAUUUGAGGAGGAGCUGCAGCAGCCAGCCGGUGUUCCAUUUUCACAGCCAUAGUUUUUGUUUUUAAUUUUUGUAUUGGCUGGCGCAGUUACAUUUAGUAAAGAAUUUUUUUUUUUUUUUUGGGCAGACAAAAAAGAGUGGUUGUCUCCUAUAGUAGGCCUUUUUAAAAAGCUUUUCAAUUAAUUAAAUAUUAUGUUAUGUAAGUUAGAUAAAUUUUUUAAUAUCAU